AUGAAGAUGGGCUUUAUUCGGCUCGGCAGCUACGCCCUGCUGGCCUUUGUUUUGCUGAGUUUUUCAACUUCCCAGGCCGCCGCACCGCCAAAAAUUGAAAGAGGUUUGUUCUACGUGCAAAAAGAGCUAUUAAGAAAUAAUUGAUGUAGGGGGGGUGAUUCUUCUUUUUUUGUUCUAGGGAGAAUAGGUUGGAUUUUUUUGAACUUCCGUACUUCAUAUUGAAUAAUUAUUUCCGUUUUUCACGUUUCCUCAAACUACUGUAUUGAAAAUGUUCAAAUCGAGGGUAUGUUAGAGUAUCCUGUUUGAAUAUUCAUUAAUCAAAUUUUCUGAACUUCUCAACUGAAAAUUAGGAAUCUUGUAAAUUUAAUCACGUAUAAAUCACAGCUCAUAACUUGAAUUGUCUUGAAUUUCAGCUUUUUUAAAUGUAGAAGUUAGAAAAAAAAAACGCAACGCCCAAAACUUUCUCAAAUGACCGUGAAUUGGGGUCGACGCGAACUUUUGGUGCGCGAGAUUUUUCGCCAGGGACACGAUGUUUAUCGCUUCCUUCGCCCAAACAUUCUUAAUUUAUCUGCACUGCAACCAAAAUCAAGACAAAUUUCGAGAAGUUUCUCAAAAUUGACGAGUUCCGUGGCUGGUAAUGAUAAGGAGAAGCGUAGGCGAUGAUAACGGAGGCUUAAAAUUGUCUGCGGUCGGUUUUCGCCGGUCACUGCACUUUGAUUUGAUGGUUUUCGCGGAAUCAUCAUAAACUACGAAGAAAGAGAUAAUAAAUGUCCUUUGAUGGCUUAAGAAAUUUAUGAUUUUUAAUAUUGACAAAAAAUUGGUCGGUUUUUUAGAUCUAAUCGAGAAAUUUUAAUAUAACUACAAGUUCACGUCUAUCUGAACAUUUUGGAAUAAAGUGAGAAAACAGUUGCAUUUUCUAGCUGAAAUCAUUUUCGAUAUCGUAGCUCAUAUAAGAAGUUUGUUCACAAUUUCCGCGAGUAUCUAAAAAAGCCAUUUUUUUUUUUCAAUUUUUCCAAUCUUACAUCCAAAAUUUUGCCGAACUGUUUCCCUAUGCAAACUCAUAUUUGCUAGAAAAAUAAAAAACCCAAUUUUAGUGCCGAUUUCAUCAUUUAAAGAUUUUGGUGAGUUUUCUCCGUUGUCAGUGACUUUUUUUCUUUCCAAUUAUUCAAACUUCAAGCAUGUUCACGGCACAUUUUUCCCCAUCUUUCGCUUUUUUGGGGUUUUUUUUUAGUUUAAAUAUCAAUUUUCGGGCUUCUUUACCUGUGCAUUCUCGUUUCUGUAUAGGUAGUACGGGGCAUUUUUCGCGAUGGCCGUCGUCAACUUCGCGAAUUUCUGCCAAGGGUUCGUUUAAGGGGUGGCUUUCUUGCACUAAUCUGUUGGUUGCUUUUUUUCAUGUUGGUGGAAGUUUUUUUUUAAUACUUCGUGGCUUUGAUCAUUUUUUUUUUCCUAUAUGAAAAUGUAGAGUCAAGUUUUCAAGAAAAAAAAAAUCGAGGAUAAUUUUUGAAGUGAAAACUUGUGGUUUCCCUGUUUUCUAUUUUAAAAAUGUUUAAGAGAGGAUUUUUAUGAAUAGCAGAUAAGAAAGUAGCAUUUUGAAUAUCAGAAAAACUUUUCUUGGCAUAAAUUUUCCUUGUACUUUCCUAUUUUUCGCAUUUUAUUUGAUUUAUCUUUGUCCCUCGUUAAAGUACUGCAUGAGUGUGUGAAGAAAAAGCGAGAAAUUUCCAAUUUUCAAACCAGUAUUCUGAAAAAAAUCAUACUUAUAGAAAAAAAGAAGCUUGUUUGAAAUUAUUAUUGGAAAGCUGGAAAUUUCCAGAAAAAUUUUGCUCAAUUGAUCUUACAAGUUAGGAAAUUUCUGCUCUUUCGUUUUAUUUCGAAAUAAACAAUUGAUUUUUUUCAAAAAAAUAAAUGAGCAGAGGUCAACUCUUGCUUUACACUACGUGUUCACCUAUCUUUCAAAUCUCGUGACUCACGUUUUCUCUAUUUGUUUUUUGUUUUCUGUCCGCCAUCGUUCAAAUCGAGGGAAUGUUAUGAAGCGAUUUCAAAGGUCUUGCACCCAGUUUUACGGACGAGGUCGCAGCGAGAGAAACGCUAUAUCGCGGGGGAGCCGCGAGCUAUAUCGCUCGCCUCUCGGCGCAAGGUCGCUCACAUCUCGCUGCUAUGUCGCUCUUUCAAAAAAAUUUUUAGCUCGAUUGGGCUUUUUCUUGAUUUGCUUUCUAUUCUUCAUACUUUUUAUUGGGUUGUAAAUGAUAACAUAUCGGUCUUUAUCAACCUUCUUUACUUUUUUUAUUUAAUAUAAACAAUAUAUUUUUAAUGAAAAACUUGAGAGCAUUAAAGAAAUUUCCAAAUAAUUGAUGAUACAUUUUCGAAUUCGAAGUAAACUGAAAGUAUGUACAAAUCUGAAGAAGAUUGAAUUGAGGCGAAAGAGUGAAGCUUCAAGUAAGAAUAAAAAAAGGACAAUAUGAGGAAAAACAUGUGUAUCGUUCACUUUUCAUAGGAAAAAAAUGUGACUAGGAAAAAGAGUAGUUUCAAUAAAAAAACAGAAAAAGUAAAACCGAUUGUAAGCUCGUAGAUGAUCUUUAAAAAGUUCAAAUUAGAAAAAAUGAAUGAGGGAGGCUCGAAAUGAAAAUGAAAGAAGUUUUGAAAAAAAGAAAAAUUAAGUUAAACAAUCAGAUUGACCCUAAGUUCCCUUUAAAAAAAUGUUACUGUAAGCUUUGACUCGAUAGUUUUUCGGCAUAUCCUUCAUUUGCUGCGUCAAGAACUUUUUCUAAAUGAUAAAACCGGUAAAAAUGAGAAAUACUGAAAAAAAGUCCAACCUUGAAUAAGAGAAUAACUCACAGGAGCGACUGUAUCAAGACAGCAGUUCGUGCUUUCUCGAAAUCAUGCCUCAUUUCUUCUUUUUCCUUACCCAUCGACGCCAAAGUGCAAAUCAUAUCUUCAAGUAAAAAAAUGGAUAUACUGUUUCAAAAAUAGUUUACCAAGAAUCUUAUUGAUUGUAUCCAAAAAGCAAAGUUUCGGUGCCAUCUCCCACGGAUCUUUCUUGACUUUUUAUUGAUCGAAAAAUGUUAGAUGCCAUUUUGAAGUACUAAUAACCUGAAAUUCUUGGUUAAAAACAUGAAAAAUGCGAAAAAAAGGACUUUCAAAUUCAAGAAAGGUGUGCAGUUCCGUCAAAAUAUAUACAAAAAAACGCUUUUUAUCACAACUUUCUUUAAUGGGAUUUCACCCUUUGAAACUCUCUGGAAAUAUGAUGACUGUUGAUUGUAACACCGUGGUGAAAAACUUAGAAACACAGCUGAAAAAAAGUUUCAGAAAGAUUGAGCUCUAUACGAGGAAGUUGUGAGCGAAAAAUACUUUUCCUCUUCUGACGGUACUGUAUGAGCGUUACAUUAGUUGUAAAAUUAACAUUUUAGAAAUAUUAAGUGAAAAAAAAUAGACAUAAAAAAAAUCAGAGAGAAUAUAACACACGAAAAAAAUAAAACAAUUCAAGUAAAAUUUUGAUGGCACGUAAAUAGUGACCAAUCGAUAAUCCGCGACCUCGCGCCGAUAUCGCGCCGGGAGUUUGCUAGAGCUGAGCGAGAUGGCAGCGAGAUAUGUCGCUGCUAUGUCGCGCCACUCUCGCUGCGAUAUAGUCCACGAAACUGGGUGUGGGAACCGAAAAAAAAAUUUCUCAUCAAAAAGUGUCCUGGAAAGAGGUAUUGUUGAUGGGAGUUGGGAAUGGCUUGGAAAUUAUGUUUUUGUACGAUAAAUUUGAUUUUUUUUUUUGUGAAGCGCUAACCGCUUUUCAUGGCUUGGCACACUUGCGUUCAGUUACAAUGGGAAAAUUCCAGUACUUGGUGAAAUUUGCUGCAAAUCGGCUACAUUCGUGAAGAAAAAUCGGUUGAAGCUUAAAAAAUUCUGAAAUGUGUUCCAAAACGUAAGAAAAUAAUCCAAAAACGAAAAUUAUUACGGUUUCGGAGCAAUUUUAGUCCGCCGACAGACACUGUUUUGCGUUUUGAAACCCAUCGGACUUGGGUGAAGCGAAUCGGGCGUUUCGAGGCAUUUAUAGUGACCACUUUAGUAGCGUCAGCACUCUUAAGUGAUCCCUAAAACGUCCGGAGCGCAUCCUGUUCUCGUAACCGAAGUUCGAAAUGUUCCGUAUCUCCGAUGGACACGAAAAUUUACAUUCGAAAAAAAAAAAAUCAAUUUUCAAAGUUAUACUGAUUUUUUUCACGCAAAACCUGGAAUUCUCCCAUCACUUGAUUGAGAUUGAUUCUUUUUUGUUUUUGAUCAUUCUUGCGCUGUUUAAAUAUUUGUUUACAUUGCAGGAUGCGGGAAUGAGACGUUCCAGUGCGACGACGGCCGCUGUAUCCCGGUGGGGUGGCGCUGCGACGGCGACAUCGACUGCAAGAGCGAAGAAGACGAAAAAGACUGUCCCAGUGCGUUUUCGAUGUUUUUGGGGAAAAAUCAGUAUCAGAUCGGAACUUGUUCCAUGGAAGGAGAUUACAGAGGAUAGCCUAAAAGUAUAAAUUAUUCGAAAAACGGACUUCUACCUUUUUUGAAGUUUUUUCUAUCUUUUUUUUUUUAAAGAGAAAGUUUUCUAUUGAAUGAGCUCACAUAUAAGAACCCAAAACUGUCUUUAUUUAUGAUUUUUCACUUCCAUAUGAGUUCAAAAAUUAUCUUCUAUCGUCUCUCGAAGCAUUUCUCUGGGUAAAAGCAAGAGAUUCGAUAACUCGAGCUGCGUCUUUUUCAAAAAGCAUACUCAAUUUUUCAAUAGAACCUGAAAAUGAGGAGAAAAGAACGUCCGAACCUCUCCUUUUCGCACAUUCUUUUGUUAACGGUGAGAUUUAUUUAAAAAGGUGAUUCACUCCGUCUAUGUACUGUGGCUUCAAGGAAUUAUGGCUUUUCCUAGUUUAGAACCAAAAUUUUCGAAUCCACAUUUUGAACAGUUUUAUUCCAGCCGACUGUUCGGUGGGAGAGUACAAAUGCACGAACUCUUUCCCGGAUUCUCGCGGCGUCAAACGACGUCUCCAGUGCAUUCCGGCGCGCUGGAAGUGCGACGGCGAAAUCGAUUGCGAAGAUCGUAGCGACGAAAAAGGAUGCGAAUGUUGGUUCAAACUGAUGUUUCGAAUAAUGAUGAAGCUUUUCCAGCGGUCAACUGCGGCGCUGAUCAGUUCAAAUGCGACGAGUUCGAUGGCAACUACGCUCUGUGCAUUCCCAAGACUUGGGUUUGCGAUGGACAGGUUGGAAAUUGCUUGGAACUUGGGCUGGAUCCAACCUCGGAAUGGACAAAUUGCGGCCAUUUUAAUAGAUUUUCGAGUUUUUUUGCGCGCUAAAGGCUUGGAUUGGAUCUAGCCCACGUAUUCUUGAAAAUAUCUGAAAAUCACUCACUUCUCGAAAGUUGAACCAGAAUAGACUUGAAAAAAAAGCUGGACGUAGAAAAGAAACGUUUUCGAAACGAUAUUUAAAUCUUUAAAAAAAUCAGUAACUACUCCCAGGGAAAUUUCUGGCUAUUUUAUCUAAAUCGGAAGCUCUCGAUACGGAUUAUAUUGUAGGAACUACUGAAAUAAGGGAUCAAAAAUAAAAGGACAUAAAAAUCACAUAAUCUUUUUCAAAUCAUUAAAAAACACCGUUACAUAUCAAAAUUUUAGUAGAUUUUGAUCAUUUAGAGCGAAUUUAUAGCCAAAGAAAUCAAAUAUGUAUAACUUUUUUCACGUCUCAAUUCAAACUUUUUUUUUCAUAUCAAAAACUGUUUCUGAGCUUUGGAAAAUUCCACAAUGAAUAACCUUGCUCUAGUAUUUUUUCACCUAAAAUUUAUUUAAAUUUAACCAAGGAAUCACGUUUUACGAUUUUGUCGCUUACAGAAAGAUUGCGCCUCGGGAAACGACGAGGAGAGCUGCGUGAAGAAAACUUGCGCCGACUCUGACUUUACGUGAGUUUCAAGCAUUAUUUUUAUCCGAAAAAAAACGUGAGGCUCUUUUCAGAAGGAAAUGUUAUAUAAUUUUACUUUUCUGCUUGAAGUUUUCUGUAAUUUCGUCAAAACUUGAAGGUCCUUGCCUUUUAUUAGCUCAAGACCUGAUUUUGUAUCAAUUGCAAGUUUUUUUAAAGGUCUUAGCUGCUUAACGAAUAGUUUGCCCAAUUAUCGAUUGUUAGGUACUUAAAUCUAGUGUUUCAAAGGCCGAUUCAAUAAUUCCAAACUGAUAACUGACUCUCCCUCGUCAGGCAUAGUAGUCAUUAAAAGUUGGAAAAUAUUCUCUCUCAUUUGCCUUUUUUCAGCUGCGGUAACGGAGUUUGCAUCUUCAAGAGCUGGCAGUGCGACGGCGAAGAUGAUUGCGGCGACGGCACCGACGAGUUGGUCGGAGCUCCUUCCCAUUGCAACAUCACAACGGCCAAGUGCGACCAGAAAGAAAUGUGGAAGGUUUGUGUUGAUGUAGAAAUGAAUACUUCUAGGUCGAGUAGAUUGGGUUAAUCUGAAUAAAAGAGAUCACGUGAAAGAUUAGACCACGAAUAGAGUAUAAAAGGGGUCAAUAUGCACAGAACGGCAUCCAACUCGAACUACUCAACCACCUUCUUCCGCCUCCUGAUUCCUCACUGCCAUGCGCCGCCGACGAUGACGACUAAGCCAACACUCAGAGGGUUUUUAUUGACCUUGUGAGUAUUGGAAGUCAUCAGGAUGUGGUGGUGAGGAUUCAGGAGGUGGAAGACGGUGGUCGAGGCAGUUUGAUGCACUUCUGGGUAUAUCGAUCAUGUUAUACUCUUGCCAUGGUCAUCUCCCACGUGAUCUAUUUUAUUAAGUUUGUUUUCCCGCGAAAAUCGGCCGCAGUUUAAAAACGCCCGCCGUUUCAGUGCCGAUCCGGCGACUGCAUCCCCAGCAAGUGGCGCUGCGACGGCGAACCCGACUGCAUGGAUCACUCUGACGAGAAACAGUGCGAUGACGUCGUUCAUCUCUGCAAGAUUGCUGAGGUCUGAGAGGGGGCAGACGGAUGGAUAAAAAUGGCUUUGGCUAAAAAUAACAAGAAGCUCAUCGCAAAAUUCAUUUGAGAAUAUAGUUCAAAGAAUCUGAUUGAAUAGACAUUCUUUUUGAAAGUUUUCUAGUUUACUUGAAUUUUUUGUAUCAGUUUCGAAUUAUGCGUAAUUGAGCGUGGAAACCACGGAGAACCCUGAAAAAUAUAUUUUGUUUUCUCAAGUGACUUCUUCAUUCUAAUUCCUCCGUGUUUUCUUAAACUUCUCUAUUAGGUUUGAAAAAUUGGUAUUUUUGACGUUAUUUCUUGAAUUUGACCAUAUUUGGUCACUUUUUUCUGGAGUUUUGAGGUGACUAGAGCCAAUCAGAGGCGCUGUUCGUUUUCAGUUCCACAGAGGCGUUAAUCAGUUUUUUAGGUCCCUUUUUCAUGAUACCUUUUUAUUCCUUGUGAGCGUUCUUUAGAGUUUUUAGUUCUUUAAAUUCCUUCUUCAUGGUUCUAUUUUAGUACCUUCUUUAGAGUUCUUCAGAUUCCUACUUCAGACUUCUCUUCUCAUUUCUCUAGAAGCGUUCGAAAUAUUUUUCCGAAAUUCAAAGAAAAAAUGUUGAAAGCAGUCUUCAAUGGAUCUUAUGAAGGAAUUCGCGUGCCACGCGUCGACCCACUGCAUCAACAAGCUGUGGGUGUGCGACGGCGAGGAAGACUGUCCCGACGGCUCCGACGAGACUUCCUGCGACAGGCCCAAGGAAUGCGCCGUCGGCGAGAGAAAGUGUCCCACAGACCCUUCCGAAUCCCACAUCGUCACCUGUCUGCCAGAAACUUCUUGGUUUGUCUCUUUUCGUGGUUUUAUUAGUUUUGAGAAAAUCUCGAUCAAUCCAUUUUCUAAGAAAACGGAGAAAGUUUGACCUAGAAGCCUUUUUGAAAAAAGGAAGGUCUAUUUAUUCAGUUAUCGCUCAUUCGGCGUUAGCUUGUCCCGAUUUUUCUAUUCCUCCGACCCCUUCCUUCGAUACCCGAUGUCUAUCUCGGCGUGCGCCUAUAAUUUAACCUAAGAUAUACGUCAUAUUAAAGGCGCAUGCCAAGCUGCGCGCAUUGAAGCAAAGGUUCUGUAGUUUGAUAGAAAAAGACGUAAAAAGAUGGCGCGAAAUGUACUUUGUGUAGUAGAAAUUUUCGGAGCUGAAGUUCUUCUUUUUUGAGCUUUCGGAACUCCUUCUGUCGCUGGAUAUGCGCCUUUAAUUUAGCUUAAAUUUUUCGUUGUAUUAAAGGUGCAUGCGGAGAGUAGCCGCGCGUAUCGAAGAGAAGGGUAUUGUAGCUAGGAGGAUAAAAAAAAGUGUAAGAAGAUGGCGCAGAAUGUGCCAAGAAACGACAGAUUGAAAAAUAUUUAAAAUUAUCUUCCAAAAAUCAAUUUAUAAUUUACAACAGUUCACGUUUUUUUCUAACAGUUUUUAAUUCUCUGAAUUUUUCAAAUUUUUGUCCUGGUCCGGAAUCAUUGAUAUACAAGGUUUUGUCUUUAAAAAAAGAUAUUGAUGAAUUUUAUAAUAUUUCCAGGUGCAACGGCUUUGAAGAUUGUCCCAAUGGUGGCGAUGAGAAAGACUGCAACGUUACGAGAGGUAGAUUAUUUUUGAAAUUGUUUAUGUCGUGAGCAGAUAUAAAGCUAUUAAAAAAGAGAAUUCGAGAAAAGAUCGAAAAAAAAACCGACGUUUUCAGAAAGUUUGAGGAAAAAGGGUUUUUUUGUAGUCACCGAGUGCAAAGAAGGCAUCGAAUACACGUGUCCGUCGACCCCAACCCAAUGUUUCAAUUAUUUGGACCUUUGCAUGAACAAAAACUCUGACUGUGGCGAUGGAAAUAUGGCUGUCUGCAAUCAGGCCGACAAACUUGGUGAGAAAAUUGGAAAAUAUGGAAGGAAAUAAGUGUUGGCAUUGUUCAGCGUUCUGUAAGAAGAACACGGAAGGCUGUCGAUGCCGCGAUACGUACGUCAAAGGCGUCCAAAUGUGCCAUUGUACGAUCGGAUUCAAGCUUGUCAACGGCGCCUGUGUUGGUGGGUUUCUGGGGGGAAAUCGAAGGAAAAUUUGAAUUUUGAAGAGAUAUAUCCUAAAAAAAGCUUUUAAAAAUUCGGUUGCGUAAAGAUUCUGCCAUGUUGAGAGCUCAUGAAAAAAAUCACCCUUGCUGCAAAAAAAGAAUAAACCCGCCAAACUCGAGCUUUGCGCCAAUGUCAACUGCUCUUUGGGCUAGAAUUUCUUAAAAUUUCAUCGAAUUUUUCGAAGACUGAAAUUUUCGGAAAAAAUAUUUCAAAGAAAAUGAGAGCUUCUAAAUAAAUUUUGGACUCUCGCAGCCAUCUGUUUUAAAAAAUAAUCAGAGCCAAAGGCGGAAAAGUUCAUCUAGAGUAAGCAAAAGAAACGAGGGUCUUUUGCCAUUUUUCAUGAGGUUCUAAGAACUUUUCACGAUUUUACCGUAUUGAAGACAUUUGAGUUGCUCAAUAGUGUCCAGAAUUGAUCUUUUUUUAUUAUUAAUUUUUCACUCUUUUUCGCCAAAAUGACUUCGAACGAACUAUUACGAAAAAAAUCUAAUUAUGAGAAAGAAAAAUGAGAAAAAAAUAUUUUAUCUGCAGACAUCAACGAAUGCGAAGAGUCUGGCAUGUGCGACCAGGUGUGCCACAACACAGCUGGAUCCUACACCUGCUCCUGCAUCCCCGGCUACAAGCUCAGCCGCGACGCGAACCAGCCCCGGUCCGUGCCCGGCCGUUGCCGCGCCAUGGGUGGCGAUCCUCUCGUCCUGCUCAGCAACCGGUGAAUUUCACUUCUCUGGAAAUUUAAACUUGAAGAAAAGAAUAGUUUUGGGAGAUUGAUAACCGAUUUUUCCUAAACUUCCGAUUUUAACAGUCCGUUUUUCGCGACCUGUGAAGGCGGGAUUUAUUUGCAACCUACAAUUAAAAUCUCGAAGAACCUUUUUUUAAGUUUUUGAUGGAGAAUAAUCGAUUUUGUUAACGAGAAACGUGACUGAAAUUAUCCAAAAAAAAAAACGGAUGUUUAUCAUAUUGGCGCCAAAAACACAUUUUGAUUGCUGCAAUACGCCGUUUCAAGCCCAGAAAAAAAUGGAUUUUAUAGUAUUUUUUUUGAUCUUCAAUAUUUUUCGCUAGAAUGUCUUUUUCAUUUGUCUUUUCAUUAAUCCUUUUUUUCUGAAAAAUAAGACAUUCCUGCUAAAUUUUUAAAAAAAGCAUUUUUUUCCUUUUUCGAUAAUUGUGAGGGAGAUAAAGAAUCACACUAAUUGAAUAAAAAUUCUGAAAAAAAUACUGAGUUUUUUCCGUUUUUCAGCGCCACGAUUCGCCAAUUCGACCUGGUCACCAAUGUUCACUUCCCACUGAUCACCAGCCCUGGAUCCGCCGUCGCCAUGGAUUUUCACUUGACCAACGGGGUUAGUUUGGAAAACAAGCCAAAAGAGCUAGAUUUUCUUGAUCCAGAUUAAGAAAUAGGGCUGUAGUAGAAUAUUCUGAAGGCACUUUACUCAAUUUCAAACUUAACAACUUCCCCAAGCUUAAUCAUACAUGGGCUGGGAUCCCAUUCAGCACUUUCACUCCCCCGAUCCAUUGAUCAAUGAACUUUUACAGACCCUCGUUUGGUCGGACAUCACGACGAAGCAGAUCCUCAUGUGCAAAAUCGGCAACGACUCCGGGCCCCAUCACAUGAUUUCCAGCCAAAAAUGCGACCAGGACCGCUUCAUGGUGGUUGACAGCGACAUCCACACGCCGGACGGCCUGGCCAUUGAUUGGAUCCACGACUUGCUCUUCUGGACCGACGGAGCUCUCGAUCAAGUCUCGAAUGAUAACCAUAAAUAUAUAAAUCAAUGCAUAACUUCAGGUCAACGUUCUGAACCUCAAGACGAAGAAACGCCGCGUGCUGUUCUCCUCGGAUUUGGAGGAGCCCCGCGCGAUCGCCGUCGACCCGGAGAUGGGACUGAUCUUCUGGACGGACUGGGGCAAGGAGGCGAGAAUCGAACGCGCCGGAAUGGAUGGACAGAACCGAGUGGUCCGUUUUUUCUGGUUUUUGUAGACAAAAUUUAUUUUUCCAAUGUAAAUGUGAUUACUUUUGUUAUUCAGAAGUUAGUAAUCUCCCAAAAAAUUUUUUGAAGUUUUGGAGUUUUUAAUAAUCUGAAAGUCUUUGAAAGUCGUUUUAUGAAAACUGCACUAUUUUAAAUAGAGGGUAGAACUUUUAAUAAAAAUUCAUGAAGGAAAUUAAAGAUUAAUCGAGAAACUAGAGAAAAAUAAAUUCCUCUCUUUGAAAUAUUCGGAAAAAAAGAAAUAUUUUAUGCAAUUUAGGAUUGAUAUUUUUUUAUUUGGGAGCUUCUAUUAUUUCAAGUUCGUACAGCAAAAAUGGGUGUUUCUCGCCAAUUUUGAAUAAACACUAGAAGAUUGAAUCAUGCUCAAAAUCGAUGGCCUAUCUUUUUUUUUCAGGUGAUUGUGAAAGGUGAUCGCGUGAAAUGGCCAAACGGCUUGGCUUUGGACUACGUCGACAAACGCGUCUACUGGGCCGACGCCAAGAUCAAGAGCAUCUUCAGUUGCGACUACUGGGGCAAGGAUGUCAAGGUGAACAAUCUAUGGCACUUUUCAAAAAUACAUAGAUUUUUCCUUUAAUCAAGAUUUAAUUUUUGAAAUUUACUGCUUGCAAGUUUCUGAUAAAAUCUUCUACAGGACUGAAAAUGGAGCUUUUUUGAGAUUCUUUUAUUUUCCCAAGAAGUAAAUUUUCAUUUUCAGACGGUACUCCACUCGCACGAGUAUCUCCGCCAUCCAUUCUCGAUUGCCGUUUUCGAGGACCGCGUCUACUACACGGAUUGGGAACACGAUGGCGUCAUCACUGUUAACAAGGUGAAAACCCUAAAAAAAAAAGCAUUUCGGGUCGUAAAAAGCAAUCUUUGAUAAAAUUCAUCAAGGAAACUCAUUGUGGGAAAAUUUCAUUUUAUUGGGAAAUACAUUUAUUUUUCUUCUUUCUUAGGCUUUGAGAGUGUAUUUCGAAUGUUUUGAAAUUUAAAAAAAAAAGUAAAAUCAGCUUUGAAACCAUUCAGAGUGAAAAAGAUUGAAUUUCUCUUUCUAUCUUAAAUAGAUCUUAUUUCAUAUAAUAGUUUUUUUCUAACUAGGGAUCGUUUACUCCGCAUGCACUUUUGAUGAAACUCGACUGAAUUGUAUUUUAGGGCUUCCUGAUUGCAGAACCAGAAAACAAUUUUUCGCCACUGGUUUUCGGAUUAAGAAGCUCCAAAGUUCGCAAAAAACGCAAAUUAAUAAAAAAAAAAGGCGCUAUUUCAAGCUUUUGAAGAGUCAAAAAGGCUCUCUAAUAAGGAUAAAAUUAAUUUUUUAAGCUGUAUUCAAUAAACCAUUAUCGUUAGAUUAUUUUCAAAUUUCAGUUCACUGGAAGUGAUGUUCGCAAAGUUAUGGACAAGGUCUCCUCGCCGAUGACGGUCCGAAUUUAUCACAAGCAGGCGCAGCCCCUCAUGGAGAACAAGGUGGGAAAGAAAAAAAACUUUCAGAGCUCGGGAGUUAAAAUAUGAGAAAACUAUAUAAUUUUAUUUCAGUGCAUUGCCUCGAAAUGCGAUCAUAUCUGCCUCCCGCGGGCAGUCAUUCGCCAAUCGGAGAAAAGUUCGGAGACGCCUUGGCACGAUCGCCCGUUCUCCUGCGCCUGCGAGGGGACCACUCCCUCCGAUGUUUUGGAGUGUCUUUGUGAGUUUUCAAAAUCAUUGGCGCGGUGGAAGUUGAAGAAAAGGUUUCAUUAAGGUGCGGAGAUUUGAAAUAUAUUUAAUAAAGAUUCCAAAAAAAUUUGUUUUCAUUAUUUUCACGAGGAAUCUACUCGCAAGGUUUAGAAGCAGAAAGGCCCUUUAUGCGCUUUCAAUGAAAUUUCAAGCUGAUGUGGAACAACAACAAAAACUUGAUCAUAAAAUGUCUAAAGCGAUUUUUUUUUCUUUCUUUAAAAAGAACUGAUUGGAAUUUACGAGUUUCAGCUGAACUCGAGACCGGAUCCGGAGCUGGCUUCUCCCUUUUCACCAUGCUCCUGAUCCUUGCCGCCAUUGGAGGCUUCGUUGGGGUGAGUUUGGAGAGAUUUGUAGGAGCAACAGCUCUCGAAGCGUGAAAAAAUUCUUAGGUUUACUUCUGAUUAUGAAGGCUUUACUGUCCGCCAAUCUUUCCUGGUUAUUUAAAAACUUUUUGAAUGUUAAAUUUUAGGCCAAUCCUUCUUGGUCUUGAAAUAAACUAUAAAAAGUUUGGUUAGAACUUUCGAGGGCUGGAAAACUAUUAUUUUUUUUUUCAAUUCUAGUCAAACUCAAAAUUCCCAUCGACAAAACCGUGUUAGUUUAUUGAAUCUUAGGAUUUUUCCUCUUUUUUUAAUUUAUAUGUUUUCAAAAACUAAUUUUAAAAGCUUAAUAGUAGCCUUUUUCAAAAAUAUACCUCUCUUGGAAGAAUAAUGGAAUAGGUGAAGGUACCUAGGGCAAUCUGUGAACAAAAAGUUACAAUCGGAUCUAGAGAAUUGAGUUUUUUGAAGUUCAAAUGCCUCAACCAUGUAGAUACGAUUGAACAGUUGUUCUUCUUACACCUGAAAAAAUGUCCAAAUUUUAGGUGGCCCUGUUCUACCGCCGCCGCUACACGCCCGGCACUUUCACCGCCCUCAACUUUGACAAUCCGAUCUACCGCCGAACGGUGCAUGACACCGAGAUGGACGAUCCCUUCCGGGACCCGUUCCGUGAAUCGGGCGCCGCCUCCCUGCCACGUCUGAUCGUCGAGGACCCCGAGCAGGACGUUCAGAAUACGGCGAGUAUUGGAAAAAAAAAAUUAGCAAGGACGGUAAAAAAUUGAAUUCGGCGGUUUAGAGAACAAGCCGUCGUCAGUAUUUUCCUUGUUGUUUUUCUGAAUUUGAACUUUUUUGGUUUUUUCCAACAAUUCUUGCGGAAGAGUUCGUUAUUCAGUCGCCGAGGACAAAGGACAUUUAAAAAUCGAAAAUUUCGACAUCCAUUCUCACUAUAGUACUCAACGUUUGAAUAAAAUUGUGUUUCCUUUGACCUCAAAAAGGUGAAAAAAAAUCAGAAAAAUCGAAAAAAAAAAUCAAAAAGUCUCAUUUUUGCUCCAGUUUUUUUUUAUGAAAAUAUUCCACCUCGAAAAAAAUAUGAAAGUUUCCCGUUAGGGCUGAAUAUUUUUUUUGUCCUGAGAAAUUCACGGAAUUUCUCUAUGCUAUGCUCUCAACAGUCAUAAUGGAAAUUCUCCAAUAAAAUUUUUUUCGAAAUGAAAGAAAGUUCUUCAGGCUGCUCCCGCAUCAAACGUCAUUGCUUAG